CACAGAGCUGCGCAGUUUCUUCAACUACUUUUGGUUUGUGUUGUGGAUUAAAUUGUCUGCUAUAGUCGCUUUGCAGUCUUUGUUUGUUUUUUUAGUCUGAACUAAUGUCGCAUGUGUGAUGUCAGCUCAGCAGGAAUGGUGUAAGUAUGUAGCACCCUGCACCUAUAAUAAACCAUUAGACGCUUGUAGUUACUUUUGUUUGUUUGUUUGUUUGUUUACAUGUGUCAUGCAUGGUUUAUAGCGCACACUCAGUGUAUUCACUACUUGCUUCAGAUUUGUAGUGAUUUGGACUUUGUUUUGUCGUCAAAACUUUUUCCUAGAGUGUGUUUGGAGUGUAAACAGAGAGCUCUGGCGCCCUCCCUUGGAUUAAAUAUGAUAUUUACAACAUAUCCAUUAGACUUGAACGCUGCACUGUUAUUGACUUGUUCACAACAAAUGUUCAAGUGUUUAAGACUUGUUUUUGCUUUUUUUUUAACUGUGUGAAAUUAUAAUUGUGUAAGAAUCAUAGAUGAAAGCAGUUGGGCUUGUGUACUGAAACAGCCUUUUAAUAAAAUUAAGUGUUUAUUUCUAUUAAUUUUUCUUGUUCCCACACUAAAUGUAUGCCUAUUUUACAGUCAUAUAUUUUAUUCAAACUGUCUAUGAUCUUAAUUUCCACUUGAUUCUAAGAGAGAUGAUUCACAUUCCCCCACACUGAGAGGUAAAGAUAACAUUCACAGUUUAUGUCUUAUGGUAUGAUGUCGUUUUAAUGAAUUUUUUAUAACUACAAAAGCUUUUCAUAGAAUGGUGCCAGAGAUAAUCUGCAGAUUUUACAGCAUGGCUCCUUGACUUCUUCCCAUGUGAACGAUGAAGUAAGUAGAGCUUUAUUUUCGAUGCACGGAGCUAGUGAUGCACUGAAAGGAAAAUUCUGGGCCGAAACCGAAAAUUCAGGUUGCACUUGGCCGAAAACCGAAAUAUAACUUUUUAAAAACCUAUCUUCAAAUAGUUUUUUGUACAGUUGAUACAAAAACAAUAUUAAAUAUGUUAUUCUUCAUUCAGUUCUGUAACAAUCAAAUUUAACAGAUUAUUUUUUAUCAAAUUAUCCCAAUAAUAUAACGUUCUAGAAAACUAUUAUGAUAUGCAAAACGGCAUUCAAGUAAUGAACUAGGUCUUUAUUCUGUUUACAUAAACAUAUUUCCAUAUUAAUUAAAGAUGAUUGUGCAAAACAACAAUGCAAAAGAGCAGCAAUAGAACUAAAACCAACCUCAAACUUUAAACAACAGAUGUAGCCUCAAGUCAAGAACAAAGUUUUGCAGAGCUACACGAAUUUGAAUGUAAUUGCUAUACACAUAGCAAAUUGGACUGCUUUCUAUUUAAGCAAAAGUGGCAGGUUUUUCUUCAAGAACUAAAGUUGCUCAGCGUUCUGGCAGGAGAGACGGUUCCUCUUCUCCGCUGCACUGAAUACUCUCUCACUCUGUGCUGGUGCUUGGGGCAGAUAAAUACCUGCGUGCAGUCCGCACAAGCAAUGGAAUGUGUAGCUUGUUUUGGCACUGCUGUGGAUCAGGGCGCUUUCCUGUAGAAUUUUGUUAAACAUGUCAGAAAGUGAGGGCGUUUGCGCCUCAUCAGUUGUAUGCAGCUCUUUCUCUGGCACAUUUCACUCUGUGCUGCGCAUCGAUCCUUCAGCAGAUGCAUUCAUCAUCUCCAUCUCUGCCUGUAACAUUUCCCGUGCACGCUGCUUUUUCUCCAUGUCAAAAUAAUGCUCUUUAAAUUGCGGAUUUUGUGAUGUUUUAAUGCAACAAUAGAGUGAGAGUGAAAUCUGAGGACCGAUCACUGAGGGGCGGGGCGUGGCGGCGUAUAUCUUCGGCUCAUAUUUUCUGCCUUAUUUCUCUUUUGGCCAAAAACCCGAAAAUGCCAUUGUCGGCCGAAAAUUUUCAGGGGCCAUAGUUUCUGUGCAUCCCUACACAAAGCAUUUGGGUACAUUGUAAUAUAUUCACUGGAGAACUGUGAAGUUGAGCUAAAGAGUGCAGAAAUUCUAAAAUAACACCUGUGUUGUCUGAUUAACUCUAUUUCAGAAUUUUGGUCAUUUCAAGUAGAUGAUCAUGGAAGACUCUGUCGACAUCAUCCUUCAAGACAAAACGUUACAUCAUGCUCAUGAAAAGCCGAUUGUCAUGGCUGCUUCAGGAACUAUGCUUAUGGCCUCUUACGGUCUCUGGACAGUUUUUGCACUGCCUGGUUUUCGAAAAGUGCCAACAAGUCUAAAGGUGCCAUACUUGCCCUCGAGCAGGGUGCAGACACAGAAUGUUAUGAGGCUCUUGCAGGGCAGAGGAGGCUGUUUGGCAGAUCUGGGUUCUGGAAACGGAAGACUGGUGUUUGCUGCCUCGUCUUUGGGCUUCCAGUGUACUGGCUUUGAAAUAAACUCCAUUCUGAUAGGCUAUGCCAGAGCCAGAGCAAGGUGGAUGGGAAUUCCAACUUCUGCAGCAAGAUUUGUGAAUGAGGACUUCUGGAAGACUGAUUUGUCCCGAUAUAAGAACUUGACAGUCUUCUUGGCGCCCGGAGUGAUGGAAGUGCUAGGCAGAAAGUUGGAGCAGGAGUUGGCUCAUGAUGCCAGAGUGAUCGCCUGUCGUUUCCCGUUCCCUCACUGGCGUGCUUCAGCAUCAGAGGGACAAGGACUGGACCAGGCCUGGGCCUAUGACAUGGCUACAGUUCGCAAACCCCCAACUUGAGCUCCAGCAAAUCACUGCAGAUGAUUUUCACUACUACCAAAUGGAUAUUUUCAGACCCACAACACUUAUUGUAUUGAAUUGAAUUGUUAUAUAAAGCUUGCUGACUCUGAUUUCAACAUUAGAACGGUGACCUGAACAUAGGUUGUUUUUUUAUUAUUAUUAUUGAGUGGAAGUAAGAAUAUUGGAAUCUGCAUAAUCUUAGUCAGAAUGUUUUAUGUUAAAUACUGUAUAUGAGGCAUGCCGAGUCUCUGUGGCUGAAUUCUGUAAAAUAGCCCAAAUUAUGAAAAAUUGCGGUUUCCACAAAUGUUUUUUUUUCUGCCAGUAAUAUACUUUGAUAUCUCUACUUUAAGAAAACAUACAUCUAUUUAUUUAACGACAUAGAAAUGUUUUAUUUAGGCCUUCUAGCCUUGCCUUACCUGCACAAAUCAUGUAGAGUAUGGGGCUUAAUUAACAAAAACAGCAGUAAAUGCAGUCAGUCAGUUUUCAUUAAGAUGUUUAAAACCUUGCUGGAUAAGAUUUGAUCGAGUUUUUGGAUAGAAAAUGAGCCAUAAAAAACCUAAAAAUAAGAUGAUUUAUUUAUUUAUUUAUUUAUUUAUUUAUUUAUUUAUUUUUUUUUUAAAGUGACUCACCUUGGAUGGAUGAUUUCAUAAUUGAAAAGAGAAACUUUCUGAAUCUGCCCUUAAAUUUAAUUCAGAACAAACCUAGUUAAUGUUACUGAUGAAGAAAAUAGUUUGAAUUGUUAUAGUAUAUGAGAUCAUGACAGUGCAAAUCAGUACUCAAUUACUGAAAUCCCACUUAUGUCUAACUGUAACAAAUGCAAUCCAGUUUAAUUUAGCUAGCCUGCCUGCUGACUAAAUUAGCUAACAUUAUUAAUGAAAACAGGUUUGUAUUGGUCAAGAUACAUUAGAUUUAAUGCUGGUAAUAUGUUCAGGGAAACUUCAACCCCAUAAGGUUUUUGCUCACUUUCAAGUAUAUUAUUCAUUAACUACUCUUAUUUGUUCUGAUGAAGAUUAAACUGAUACUAGAUCACUUUAGGUGCAGUGACACAACUCCAAAAAGUGUUUUAUAGACAAAGUGCAGAUGGAGGACCAUCUGUCGUAAAAGAAAAGGGGAUGCAUGUGUAAGCAAACAAA